AUGGUGUCUCAAUGGUCCCCUAUUCUUGACGGAAUCGAAUGGUAUGGCAACGCUGAUGAAACCGCAGGAGCGGCUGAUCGCCUUAGGUGGAGAAGAUGUACACAGGCCGACACCAACAGUACGCAGAACGUCGUCGCAGGACCCGUCGUCUACCGUCGGUCGGCAAUGGCAUUUCGCAACGACGUCGUGAAUAUGAAAAGCGAGCCCAUCGUGCCUUCAGCACAAGGGACGGCAGGCCAUCCACCAGUCGUGAGCAUCCAUCACAAGGAAGAAGCAUUGAUGUCAAGUCAUUUGCCGGUCAAUGAGUUUGAGAAAUCGGAGCCCGUUGCUUCACAGCAUCGGAAAGUCGUGUCCACGUACACUACAUAUGAGUGCACACGAUUCGUUAGUCAAGUGGUUGGUUGUCCGAGGAAGUUGGUCGAGUCAGUGGUCAACGAGUCGAGUGGUCAAGGACGACGAUUGCUCGUGGGCAAGAUGGUGUUGGUCGAUGUCGAGUUCGGUCGUUGGAAGUUUCAGAAGCCGCGGUCGCGUCAACGUCAUCGAGUUCAAUGUCAACGUCAGAGUCAACAUCGUGUCAUCAAUGCAAGCAGUCAAGUGGUCAGCAGUUGGUCGUCGAUUGUAGACAGCGAAGGCAGCGACAAUUCAGGUCAUCCAUCGUGUAGCAGUCAUGUUCUACGCUUGAUUUUUCCUCUUUAA